UCUAAGCUAAAAAGUCGUUUGUAAAUCAAAUAAUGAACUCAAACUCGUUAUUAUAUUCACUAGAUCUCGUUGCUGGUAGCGGACAUACUUUAAACGUAGAGCAAAGAACCGCUCUGCAGACCUCCUUGACAAUUCUGAGGAAAAACUACAAAUUCAACCGAGUCUUGUUCUGGGGCAAAAUACUGGGAAUAAAGGAGGAUUAUUUCAUCGCUCAAGGGAGAGGAGAAGAUGAGAUGAAGGACAAAAAGAACCUCUAUAGUUUCAACUGCAUGGACUGGUUCCUGCUUCCCCCUGCCACAGACUCAAUGAUAGAGGAAGUAUCCAGAGCCACCAAAGGUCGCUUCAUUGGAGACCCCUCACAUGUGUAUGAGCGUCAUGAGGUACCCAAGCAAGGAGAGAGGGAAGAAGAGGUGAUCAAAGUGAAAGAGGAGAGCAGGCUGGCAGUGACAGUCCAUUUGAUCGAUGAAGAGGUGUCUGUGGUGCCUCGGGGUGCCUUCGUCAAGAGCCCACACGGCCUAGUCCAGGUCAACCGCAGCUUUGGAGGUCUGUCUCACUCAGAAGCAGGGAAGCUCAACAACUACCUUCACUUUAGCAAACCAAAGAACCUAAAGAAGAAAUCCAUCCUGGAAUUUGGUGAUUUGACCCCAGCUCUUGACUUCCUGGAUGAACUGAGUGAUGAUAUCCCAAAAGGAUCAUGGAGUCUUCAGUUUGAAUGUGCUAGUGAAGUGUGUGUGCUGCGCAGCCUGCUAUGGCUCGGCCUGACCUUCUACCAUGUGCCAAUGACACCGCUGCAUGGAUACAUCUACAUUGGAGACGGAACCAAGAAUCUGGACCUUCCCUUUAUGUUAUAAACAGUGACAUUCUAUCAUAGGCAUCAGUUUCCUCCAGAUUCUAGUGAUACAAUUAACUCUUG